AUGGCGAAGAGCGAGAGUGAGCAGACAGCUGCGGAGACAGCAGGCCCGGAAGAUGCCCUCCAACAAGUUCUUCCAAAAUACGACCGGCCAUGGUGGCAGGUUCGCCAUCUCCUUCUUCUGAAUUUCUGCCUCAUCAUCCCUCUGCUGGGAAACUCCACCAAUGGUUAUGACGGCUCUUUACUCAACGGCCUUCAGUCCUUGCCCCAAUGGAGGAACUACUUCCACAGCCCAACUGGCCCUCACUUGGGUGCUCUGUCUAACGCCUAUGUCUUUGGAAAUAUUGCCACGUUCAUCGUUGCCUCAUGGUUCAGCGACAAAUACGGACGAUUAUGGGGUAUCCGACUCGGCAGUUUCAUCGUAUGCGUUGGUGCUGCCCUUCAAGCUGCCAGUCAGAACUACGCCAUGUUCUUUGUCGCCCGAUUCAUUAUUGGUGUCGGAGGUAUGCUUGUCAUUGUAGCAAGUCCUUGCCUGGUCUCUGAACUGGCAUAUCCCAGCCACCGAGGCGUUAUCACUGCAAUCUUUGGCCCGUCUUGGUACGCCGGAGCUACCAUUGCAGCUUGGGUCACAUACGGAACUAAUUACAUGGGUGUGACGGAUGAAUGGGCAUGGAGAUUGCCAUCCUUACUCCAGGCAUUGCUACCACUGGUUCAGCUCUGUGGCUCGUUCUUCAUCCCAGAAAGCCCCAGAUACCUUGUGGAUGUGGGUAUGGAAGACAAGGCAAGAGAAAUUCUCGUCAAAUACCAUGCUGGAAACGACGCCGCCAACAUGCCGCUGGUAGAGCUCGAGCUGAGCGAGAUCAAAAUUGCAAUCUCCCACGACAAGAAUAGCCAGGAAGUCAGCUGGGGCGCCUUUCUGCGAACAAAGGCCAACCGUCAUCGUCUAUUUGUUGUCGUCUGGCUCGCCAUUACUCAACAACUUUGCGGCAACGGCUUGGUAUCGUACUACCUCAACUUGAUUCUCAACUCGAUCGGAAUCACUUCAGCGCGAGAGCAGUUGGUUAUCAAUGGCGGCCUCAUGGUCUACAAUCUGGGUACUGCCAUCAUCAGCGGCUUCAUCGUCGGUCGCAUCAAGCGCCGGCCGACUUUCAUCUUUGGACUCGGCACCAUGCUUGUCAUCUUUGUCAUUUGGACGGUGCUUUCCGCCAUCAACGAGCAGCGACACUUUGAGCAAAAGUCGCUCGGCCAGGGAGUGCUGGCCAUGAUUUUCCUCUUCUACGCCACCUACAACGUGUGCAUGAACGCCCUCCCGAACUUGUACAUUUCAGAGAUUAUGCCGUACUAUCUUCGUACCAAGGGAACGACGACUUUUAGCAUGGUGAAUGCCCUUACCAACGUCUACAACGGAUUUGUCAACCCGGUUGCCAUGGAGGCUAUUAGCUGGAGAUAUUACAUUGUGUUUUGUGGCCUUCUUCUUAUAGAGCUGAUAGGAGUUGCGUUGACCUUUCCCGAAACCCAUGGGUACACUCUUGAGGAGGCAUCGGAAGCGUUUGGAGAUGGUGUGCUCGUCCAUGGAACGGCGGCGAAGACUAUCGAGGCGGAAAGCCAGCAUGUUGACGUUGCAUAA